UUACCUGAGCGCCGAGUGUCUCAUUCCAACACGGUCAAGCCUGCCGGGAGCAGCAACCUCUUCUUCUGGGAACUUGAAUUUAUACUACCACCACAGUUUUAUUAUUUAUUUUAAGUAACUGUGUUGCCUAGUCUAGAUAAGGAACUGUCGGUUGAGGUGAACCGAGCUACGAUCAGUAAAGGGACAAGCCAAGCGUCGGCCGGUGUUGCUAACAAAGAAAACCCUUUCUCUUGAGAAAAGAAUCCCCCUCAACUCUCUUUAGUUAUGAGUCAUGUGGUCGUUGAUACUCCACACGGUCUAGAUCAGCAGCUCUCUGCCCUAGACUUGAACUCUGCUGAAGGACAAGGCGGAGGAGCUGGCAGGCGCUACAUUCCACCUCAUCUGAGGAAUAAAGAUGCUUCCAAAAAUACAGGAAAUGCUUAUUCCGCUGGUAGACAGUGUGGUUAUUCAGUGGCACCCGUAAAUCUCUGUUCCUCUAAGCAGUGCCCACAACUGUGGCAGGCAGAGGCUGUUCAAAGAAAUGGCAUAAACUAUACAGCAGGAUGGGAUGACUCUAGCACGGGUUACCCAAGAGCGGCCUCUCAAGAGCUUGCCUUUCACCAAGCCUUCAGUGGGGGCUGGCGAGACAGAUGUGAUUCUGGCGGAUGGGAUGGUGGACGAAGCAAUGGCUUUGUGAAUGGUUACCACGACAAUCGCACCAACGGGAGCUUUGGUGGGCGUGGACCUCCACGCAACGAUAGAGGCUUUGGCAACUAUGAUAACAAAGACGGAAACUGGGGAGGAGCUCCACGAGAUUCUUCAUUUAACAGCUUCGGGAACCGCUCUGACCGCUCCAAAUCCAACUUCUUCAAUGACCGUGGGGCCGGCUCAAGAGGAAGAUAUGAUCGUGGGAGCUAUUCUGGCGGUGGAAACUCGCGUUGGGCCGAGGAGUCCCGAGAGGAGGACUGGUCCAAGCCCACUGCUCCCAAUGAGCGCCUGGAACACGAGCUGUUCUCUGGAAGCAACACUGGAAUUAAUUUCGAGAAGUAUGAUGAUAUUCCAGUCGAGGCUACUGGAAGCAACUGCCCACCCCACAUCGAGAGUUUCCAUGAUGUGGACAUGGGGGAGAUCAUCAUGGGGAACAUCACACUGAGUCGCUAUACUCGUCCCACACCAGUCCAGAAGCAUGCCAUCCCCAUCAUCAAGUCCAAGAGAGACCUCAUGGCUUGUGCCCAGACUGGCUCUGGUAAGACCGCCGCUUUCCUGCUGCCGGUGCUGAGUCAGAUUUACACUGAUGGGCCGGGAGAUGCUCUCCAGGCUGCCAAGAACAGUGGGCAGGAGAACGGGCGAUAUGGACGCCGAAAACAGUACCCCCUGUCCCUGGUGCUGGCUCCCACCAGAGAGUUGGCCCUGCAGAUCUACGACGAGGCACGGAAGUUUGCCUACCGCUCACGCGUACGACCCUGUGUGGUGUAUGGUGGCGCUGACAUCGGCCAGCAGAUCAGGGACUUGGAGAGGGGUUGCCACCUGCUCGUGGCCACUCCUGGCCGUCUGGUCGACAUGAUGGAGAGAGGCAAGAUCGGUCUGGACUACUGCAACUACCUGGUCCUGGAUGAGGCUGAUCGUAUGCUGGACAUGGGUUUCGAACCACAGAUCAGACGCAUCGUGGAGCAGGACACGAUGCCCCCCAAAGGCAUCCGCCAGACCAUGAUGUUCAGUGCCACCUUUCCCAAAGAGAUUCAGAUUCUGGCCCGUGAUUUCCUGGAGGAUUACAUCUUCUUGGCGGUCGGACGUGUCGGCUCCACCUCAGAAAACAUCACCCAGAAAGUGGUUUGGGUGGAAGAGACUGACAAGAGAUCCUUCCUCCUGGACCUCCUCAACGCCACUGGCAAGGACUCGCUGACGCUGGUGUUUGUGGAGACCAAAAAAGGGGCCGACGCUCUGGAGGACUUCCUGUACCGCGAGGGCUACGCCUGCACAAGCAUCCACGGGGACCGCUCCCAGAGAGACAGAGAAGAGGCCCUGCACCAGUUCCGCUCUGGACGCUGCCCCAUCCUGGUGGCCACCGCUGUGGCUGCUCGAGGCCUGGACAUCAGCAACGUGAAGCAUGUGAUCAACUUUGAUCUGCCCAGUGACAUCGAGGAAUACGUCCACCGUAUUGGCCGUACAGGACGUGUGGGAAACCUUGGUCUGGCCACGUCGUUCUUUAACGACAAAAACAGCAACAUAACCAAAGAUUUGCUGGACAUUCUGGUGGAGGCCAAGCAGGAGGUUCCUUCCUGGCUUGAGGGUCUCGCCUACGAGCACCAGCACAAGAGCAACAACCGUGGUCGCUCUAAGAGGUUCUCUGGUGGCUUCGGUGCCAGAGAUUACCGUCAGACGUCUGGAGGCUCCGGAGGCUUCGGUGGAAACCGUACUGGACGCAACACCGGCGGUCAUGGAGGAAACAGAGGAUUUGGUGGAGGUGGCUUCGGAGGCAACUUCUACAGCGACGGUGGCUACGGAGGAAACUACAGCCACUCGGGUAGUGUGGAUUGGUGGGGCAACUAGUCGCCAUAGGAAGGGGUUGCCAUGCCAACCCAAAUGGAAACCACAUGUUAACUUAAGCCAGACCAUAACAACCCUCCCUGUGUAGCUUCACUGACACACAGUACAUUACCAACCCUGGUUUUCUGCCACUUGCUUCUCUGUACACGGGAGCGCUGCACGCAGCAAACAAAGGAAGUCACCAGCGCGUGCGCCAACCAGAGAGCACCGGAGAACGCACACCUCAGAGUGAGCAUGGAUGCUGACACGCAUUUUCCGAUAGCAACCUCGGAUUUUCGUUGUUUUGAAAUAGUUUUGUUCUUUUUGUGGAAAACAACCCAAGAGAAACACCUGAGGAUCAUUUGUAUGUUAAUGUACUGUGCCUUUUUGAAUUUGAACAGGAAAUCUGUGUUUUCAUUUCACCAGAUGAUCUCGGCCAAGAGCUCCAAAUUUUGUUUUUACUGUCAUGUUUGGUGAGAACCAUUAAAGCUUAGACUUAAUCAAACCUUGGCAAACUCAGAGGCGUCGUGGCUCUCGAGCCGCGACUCCAUUUGAUCCUCAAAUUUAUCGCCGAAACGUCCCGUCGCCUUUUUACGACCGCGACGGCAAGCGGAGCCGCGGGGCUUCUCCGAACUGUUUUAAUCCUUUCAGGACAGUUGCAUUCGUUUUUGUUUUUCUUUUGCUCACUCUAUCCUGGACCGACUCCUUCUGAAGGAUGCGCGCGUCUGUGAAAUAGCCAUUCCUGAACACGGAAGUCGUUAACUCGGUGCCAACGAUCGCUGAGGUGUAUCAAAGCAUUAUCCAACUUCUGAAUCCACGUUUCUUUCAAUUGACUUGACAGUGUUAAGGCAGCUAGUACGGCCCUGUGCUAGCGGCGGUAAAGUGGGCGGCGUUUUUUGUUUUUUACUUGAGAACUUUUGGUGCAGGUUUGUGCUAAAACCGAAAAACUGAGUCAGUUUUUUGGUUUUUAUUUAUAUUUGGGUUUUUUUUUCCUGGCGGAAUAUGUAUCAAAACAAAAAAUGCCUGCCAUCUUUUGAAAGCGAGGUUGGCUGCAUUAAAAGGACCACGGCAUCGGGGGGCGGGCGGGCAGGCGUCGCUGCGUGGUGCUGGCGUCCAACACGGCCAGAGCGACCAGCGCCGGGCCCGCAUGGUAUUCCACGCUUGCUAGUGUUUUGUUUUUUGGUCAAGGAGGAAGGACAGGUGAACUGAGUCGCAGGCUUCAAUUUAGUACAGACGUUUCCUCUUUUCAAGCUGCGUUGAAGGCACGACUCAUCUCAAGACGGGUCACUGAGGUUUUUUUCUUUUUCGGAUCAGGCGCGGGUCUCGGAGCACCGCUAGCGUGAAGCGUUGCGCAGGAGAGACGGAGCAUUUCACAUCGGGUGUGUUGUGCCUUAAACUUUUAUAAAAGAUUUGAACUAAAAGCGGAUGCACUGAUCGUGUUGAGAACCUGAGAUUGAAUGGUGCUACUUGAUUUUAGGUGUGUAGACACGCGUGCGUGUGUCAUGCCCAUCCACUUUUACAGAAGUUAUUUUUAUUGCACUGUUACAACUCUGCUCGUUUAAAGGAGAGGGGCAAGACGGGGCCGCAGCACAGCCACGCUCACCUGGACUCUCGCUAAAAGUGGAACCACGAAAACAAAGAGAAAAAAAUCUGGCCUCUCGUGGGUUCAGAUCCGAAAAAGCGAUUUGCAAUUGGGUUUUUAAACUCGACUUCUUGACUUCUGAAGUCGCAGACGUGGAGGCACUCUGACUGAAAAGCUGCACCCCCUAAAACUCUAGUUGGGUGGCGAGCGACAACAUGCACAUCUAGAGUUUUCUAUGGUCGUCUUCUGUGUCCUUACGCUUCCAAAUACUGUGUACGAGGAGAUCCGGGAGGUUCGGGUGGGGUGGGGGGGAAUCAAAAACGCAGCUUGUUUACAAAGGGGAAGGGUUCUCAACGUUUCAACCAGGAUUUAUUUGGGACCAGGGGGUUUAGCAGUCGGGGGGAAUUUAGCCAUUUGCACAGAUUUCUAGAUUCUACUUUUGCUGCUAGUUUUGUGUAAUUUAUUGAGCAUUUUUGACAAAUAUUUAUUUUUGUAAGCCUCAAAAGUGAUUCUUUGAAAGUUUCAGAAACUUGACCAAAAGACAGUAACAAAAAAAAAAAAAAACACUGGCACUUGAAUGUUGAAUGUCACCUGUAUGCGUGAAAUUUAUAUAUUUCGGGGUAGUGUGAGCUUUUUAAUGUCGACGAUACAUAUUGGCCUGGGCAAAGUCAACUCCACAGCUGUUUCCGGGCCUCCUCAGGGGCCGCGCGCACGUCUCUCGACCAUCGUUCCAAUUGGGUCACAAAAUUUUUGAAACGAAUAACGAAACAUGCCAAGGUUUGGAACAGAAGCUGUCAGAAGAGCAAAUAAUUCUCCAGAGCAUAUCGACGCGGACGUGUUCACAUUCUCCAGUUGUGUGCAUUUAUUCUAAUUUGACCCGAUUCUCUUUCUCCAGUGAAUGUCUGGCUGGUGGCAAUCCGAAAUGAAACGAACAUGUGGUUAACGUUAUUCUCAUUGUUGUAUUUGCGUACUAUUAUUAUGACUCCCGAGUUCUCCUUGAAUGUGGAGCAGCCUUCUGUUGGCAUGUACACGCUCAGUACUGUUGGACUCGCUCCACGUUGGUGGGAGAACCUGGAGCUGUUUAGUUAGAUUUGCAUUUUGUUUCUGUUUUCUUUUUGUAUUAGCUUCUAGGCUCCUGCACGGCAUGGGAAGUACUCAGCAGUGCAAUUGUAUGGUUUUUAUCAGAAUAAAAAAAUGUUUCAAAUGCAAAAAAAGUAUCUGGAAAACUUUCCAGCAUGUUUCCUGAAACUGUUUACUGUAGCUGUGCGGCGUACGGCGGCCUUGUAGCAAGCUGUGAGGCUGUCGACCAAAAACUGGUUUGGGUUGGAUGUUGGGCUUCAUUUCUUUGGAUGGAAAAAAAUAUAUAAAGAUUUUCAUUUGUAACUUCCAA